GUGAGAGCUACAAGAAAAUAAGUUAAUGAUGAAAUGAAGCGAAUGUACUUACUAACCCCGCAGCUUCCUCAGACACAAUUCCCAUAAGGGGCUUUGGUUCUGGUUGCAGCCCGUCUAUCUCACUGUAAGUCAGGGGAGAGCAGGGGUGGAAGCUUUCGCACAAUGUGAUCGGGAUCCGUGAAUAAUAAGUGUCUUGGCAAAACCUUCCCUAUCCUCAUUUUCAAUAGAUCUCCACUGUUCUCAAGCUUUGCUGACCAAUCUUUCUAGUCAGCCCUGUCCUUUCAGGAUGUUUCAGACUGAAAAGAAUGACUGCAUCACCUCUCACAGUAGCGUUUGGGUUUCUUUGUGGACGCCAGUGGUUAUUUCUGCUAAUACUGGAGAGAAUUCCUGUGGGAAGAAGGAUGAUUCUCUUUGAUUGCCUGUAUGAUGCCACCCAGGCUGCCCUUCUCAUCUGUUGCACAGAAGCAGAGUGACCCCAAGAACAACCAGAAACGCCUAAGCUAUAGCGGUGGCUCUGGUGACUAACUUGUUGCGUGACUCGUGUUGUGUGAUGGACUUCUGAUUUAAGUAACUAAUCAUCAUGUCUGACCCUGUUGUUCUGCGUAGCAUCAAGAGAUUGGGAGAGGAUAACUAUGCUUUUGACUUGGAUGGCAAAAGUAACAGCUUCAAGAAAUCAGAGAAUUUCUCUACAUAUGAAGAACCUUUUAUAGAGAAGAAAAAUGAAAAGUCAUCAGAGAAGAAAGAAAACGCUAUUCGUAUUGGCUUCUUUCAGCUGUUUCGAUUUUCUUCAUCUAUGGAAAUUUUAAUGAUGGCUGUUGGUAGUGUCUGUGCUAUUGUUCAUGGAGCAGCCCAGCCAGCUGUGUUGCUUGUGUUUGGUGCAAUGGCAGACACAUUUAUUGAAUAUGACAUUGAAAUGCAAGAACUUAAAGACCCAAACAAGAAAUGUGAAAAUAACACCAUAGUGUGGAUUAAUGGUACUAUUCAUCAGAAUGAAAAGAAUGCCACAAUAAGAUGUGGGCUGCUGGACAUUGAACAAGAAAUGACCAGGUUUGCAGGUUACUAUGGAGGAAUUGGUUGUGCUGUACUUGUGUUAGGAUACCUCCAAAUCUGCCUUUGGGUUAUGGCUGCAGCUCGUCAGAUACAGAAAAUGAGGAAAGCUUAUUUCAGGAAAGUAAUGCGAAUGGAUAUAGGCUGGUUUGACUGUACAUCUGUAGGAGAACUGAACACCCGAAUUUCUGAUGAUGUUAACAAAAUUAAUGAAGCUAUUGCUGACCAAGUAGCAAUCUUUAUCCAGCGCUUAACCACCUUUGUAUGUGGAUUCCUGCUGGGCUUUGUCAGUGGCUGGAAAUUGACCUUGGUUAUCAUUGCAGUCAGCCCUCUGCUUGGGGUUGGAGCGGCUGUCUAUGGCUUGGCUGUGGCAAAACUAACAGGCCGAGAAUUAAAGGCUUAUGCAAAAGCUGGGGCUGUGGCUGAUGAAGUGCUCUCAUCCAUCAGAACAGUGGCUGCAUUUGGCGGGGAGAAGAAAGAAGUUGAAAGAUACGAUAAGAAUCUGGUGUUUGCUCAGCACUGGGGAAUUCGAAAAGGAAUGAUAAUGGGAUUAUUCACUGGUUACAUGUGGCUUAUAAUUUUCCUGUGUUAUGCAUUAGCCUUUUGGUAUGGCUCUAAACUUGUCCUUGAAGAAGAAGAGUAUUCACCCGGCACUCUUCUGCAGGUUUUCUUUGGUGUUUUGGUAGGAGCUUUAAAUCUUGGCCAGGCAUCUCCCUGUCUAGAAGCCUUUGCCACUGGCCGUGGGGCUGCAGCAAACAUUUUUGAGACAAUAGAUAAAGAACCCGCCAUUGACUGCAUGUCAGAAGAUGGCUACAAGCUGGAUAAAGUACGAGGUGAAAUUGAAUUUCAUAAUGUAACAUUCCAUUAUCCCUCCAGACCAGACGUAAAGAUUUUGGAUAACCUUAAUAUGGUUAUUAAAGCAGGGGAGACAACAGCUUUUGUUGGAGCUAGUGGAGCUGGAAAAAGUACAACAAUACAGCUCAUCCAGCGUUUCUAUGACCCCACUGAUGGCAUGAUCACCCUGGAUGGCCACGACAUUCGUUCCCUUAAUAUCCAGUGGCUACGCUCCCAGAUUGGUAUUGUUGAACAAGAGCCAGUGCUGUUUGCCACCACGAUUGCAGAGAACAUUCGCUAUGGUCGGGAUGAGGCUACCAUGGAAGACAUAAUCGAAGCAGCCAAACAGGCCAAUGCUUACAAUUUCAUCAUGGACUUGCCACAGCAAUUUGACACUCAUGUUGGAGAGGGUGGAAGCCAGAUGAGUGGAGGUCAAAAACAGAGGAUAGCUAUUGCUCGAGCUCUUGUGCGAAACCCCAAAAUCCUGCUACUGGAUAUGGCUACGUCAGCACUUGAUAAUGAAAGCGAAGCUAUUGUCCAAGAAGCACUUCAUAAGGCUCGCCUUGGCCGCACAGCAAUCUCGAUAGCUCACCGCCUGUCAACCAUCAAAGCUGCCGAUAGCAUUGUUGCAUUUGAGCAUGGAAGGGCUGUGGAAAGAGGAACUCACGAGGAACUCUUGAAGAGGAAAGGGGUUUAUUUCAUGUUGGUGACCUUGCAAAGCACAGGAGAUGCAGUGCUUAAUAGAGAAGCAACGGAAACAGAAAAUAAUGUAGGUGAGCCAAAUCUUGAGAAAGUCCAGUCAUUCAGCAGAGGAAGCUAUCGGGCCAGUUUGCGAGCUUCACUUCGGCAGCGUUCCAGAUCUCAGCUCUCUAAUGUGGUCCCCGACCCUCCAUUAUCCAUUGCAAAUGAUCAUGCAGAGUAUAUGAACCGUAUGCCUUCUUAUGGAGAAGACGAUGAACAAGCGAAAAAGGAGCCUGUUGAUGUGGAGGAAGAUGUCAAGCCUGUACCAUUUAGGAGAAUUUUGAAAUACAAUGCCUCUGAAUGGCCGUACAUGGUGCUUGGAUCUCUGGCAGCAGCUGUGAACGGAGCAGUCAAUCCACUCUAUGCUUUGUUAUUCAGUCAGAUUCUUGGGACCUUCUCCAUUCUUGAUGAAAACGAACGAAGAAUCCAGAUCAAUGGCGUCUGCCUGCUCUUUGUCUUUGUUGGAAUUCUUUCAUUUUUCACACAGUUUCUACAGGGAUACACAUUUGCAAAGUCUGGUGAGCUGCUUACAAGACGGUUAAGGAAAAUUGGUUUCCAGGCUAUGCUGGGGCAAGACAUUGGUUGGUUUGAUGACCGGAACAACAGCCCUGGUGCUUUGACUACAAGACUUGCAACAGACGCCUCACAGGUCCAAGGGGCAACUGGAUCGCAGAUAGGAAUGAUUGUCAAUUCCUUUACCAACAUUGGGGUGGCCAUGAUCAUUGCUUUCUACUUCAGCUGGAAACUGAGUUUAGUUAUAUUGUGUUUCCUGCCCUUUUUGGCCUUAUCUGGAGCUGUGCAGGCUAAAAUGUUGACAGGAUUUGCCUCUCAGGACAAGAAAGCGCUGGAAGCUACUGGACGGAUUGCCAGUGAAGCCCUCUCUAACAUCAGGACUGUAGCUGGGAUAGGGAAAGAGAAAACGUUUAUCGACAAUUUUGAGAAGCACCUGGAUAUGCCUUAUAAAGCUGCAACCAAAAAAGCACAUGUUUAUGGAAUCUGCUUUGGCUUUGCCCAGAGCAUAGUGUUCAUUGCCAACGCUGUCUCUUACAGAUACGGGGGGUUUCUAGUUGAAUUUGAAGGACUCCACUACAGCUUUGUGUUCAGGGUGAUCUCUGCUGUUGUCACCAGUGGAACUGCUUUGGGAAGGGCUUCUUCUUAUACCCCAAACUAUGCCAAAGCCAAAACAUCUGCUGCACGCUUUUUUCAACUGGUUGAUCGGCUUCCGAAAAUCAGCGUUUACAGUGAAAAAGGGGAAAAAUGGGACGAUUUCAAGGGAAGCGUUGAAUUUCUUAACUGUAAAUUCACAUACCCUUCUCGGCCUGAUAUUCAGGUCCUGAAAGGACUCACUGUAGCUGUUAAGCCUGGACAGACUUUGGCAUUUGUUGGAAGUAGUGGCUGUGGGAAGAGCACCAGUGUGCAGCUUCUGGAGCGUUUCUACGACCCUGAGGCGGGAAGUGUGUUAAUAGAUGGACACAACACCACGAAAAUAAAUGUACAGUUCCUUAGAUCAAAAAUUGGAAUAGUGUCCCAGGAGCCUGUGCUAUUUGACUGCAGCAUUGCUGAAAAUAUUAAAUAUGGCAGUAACACCAAAGAGGCAACGAUGGAAAAAGUCAUAGAAGCAGCCCAGAAGGCUCAGCUGCAUGAUUUUGUCAUGUCACUGCCUGAUAAAUACGAAACUAAUGUUGGUGCUCAAGGAUCCCAGCUGUCUCGUGGGCAAAAACAACGCAUUGCUAUAGCGAGGGCCAUCAUACGAGAUCCUAAAAUUUUAUUACUGGAUGAAGCUACAUCCGCCUUAGACACAGAAAGUGAAAAGACUGUGCAGGCAGCACUGGAUAAGGCCAGAGAAGGGCGGACCUGCAUCGUCAUUGCCCACCGCUUGUCCACGAUCCAGAAUGCAGACAUCAUCGCUGUGAUGUCACAAGGACUCGUCAUUGAAAGGGGCACUCAUGAUGAACUGAUGGCCAUGGAAGGAGCUUAUUAUAAGCUUGUUACCACUGGAGCCCCAAUUAGCUGAAUUACUGUGAUUUUAAAUGUGAAAGACACUUUGUCUGUCAGCAAAUACUCUGCAGUAGGUACGUGUAUGUUGGUACUCCGUUGUGCUACAAAGUGCUCUACAAUAUUGUGAGUUCUGUGGUACCCUAAAUGUAUGUAGCUUUCUGCAUCAAGCACACUUGUCAGGCACACGCAGGGGACUAAGCAUAAACUGAUGCAUUCAGGAAGUAGUUUAGCUCACUGCAAAGGGAAAAAAAGCCUGAAAAUGGAAAAGAUCUUUGCUGCUGAGCUGGGGAAUUGCCACCACCUGCAGUCAGACCACACAGUCCUGUCGUUCCUCAACUAGCAAUCAAGGAAGACUCCGCUCUAGUGUUCUGGAAACUGCCACUUGUCUAGGUAAGCUCUACGAAUAAAACACAAUCCCAAGAAUGAGGCUGUAUAUCUGAAAGGAUCAAAUCUCUCCUAACACUGGGUCUGCAGAGGAUUACAACAGAUGAUACCCUUACUGUGGGUAUGGAAGCCCCACGCUCCCGCCCGUCUGUACCAUACCACGUCAGCUGUGCUGUUGGGAGAGGCUGGAUUUCCACUGUGUGCAGCUACAGCACCAACACACUGGUGCCCUGAGCCUGACAGAGCCGUGCCCCUUCAGCAAAACCGUCACGUACUUACAAAGAAGGCAGCUCCACAAAAGUAAGGAAAGCAGCCAAGAAGAGGAACAGAAGCUGGUGAGGAUCAUUUCCCCUACACUCACCACUCUGAUCAAAGCUGUCAAACAGAUUUUGAACAGGAAUAAAUGCUUUAGUUAAAUCAAUGCAAAAUCCUACAGUUAAUCGUCACAGUCAUUUAAAUCACUUCUAUUGAGAUAGCGAUGGAUAAUAUGUUGUCUUUUUUUCAGAAGGCAAGACGAUGAGUAUUUUUUAUAAAACCAUAAAUAUAUGCAGUAAAGGUGGGGGGAAAAUAGCCAUAAUUAGCUGUUUGUAUUAAGCAGAGUUGAUAAAUCGAGCAACAAUUCUUUGAGAAAUUACAAAGGUCAGGAAGUAUGUUCUUCUGGCAGAAGCUUUUAUCUGUAUUAGUUUAUUUUAAGGUCUACUGCCUGUUUCUCUAUUGACAUACUGAUAUGAUAUUUAAUUUAUAUUAGUAUUUAAGGCCAUGGAAAAAUAACUAUUCUUUAUUAAAAACUGCAAUUACUAUGUGUACUUAUUCCAUAAUUCUUUUGCCUAAAGGACACCACUUUUGUGGCUGAAAUUAUAGCAAUAAAUUGUAUUUUUUAUUGGCUCUUGUGCUUUAGCACUUCAUCUCUCACCCUUCAGACAAGCAAAUGAGUAUCUUGCAGCAGAUGAUAACAAGUAUUUGUCUGUAUUUAGAGCAUGUCCGUAACAAGGGUCUGCUGUGCAGGAUGGAGCUCUUGAGAAGAGCAACGCAACUACACUAGCUCCUGCCUGCAAAGGAGCCUGCCACCUCCUUGCAGGAGCACAGUGACAUGGACCCAGCUGGGUGGUACUGCUACUGCUCCUCUUCAUAACAUCAUCCUGGUUUUAGAGAGCUAGUAAAUAUUGGGAGCUAUGUACUGGGAAGUAUGCCUGUAUAACAAAGGCACUCAUGGUGUUCACAGACAGUCGCAUUGGUGUUACAUGUUCUUGGGUGCCAUCUCCUGCCACUUUAUACCUGUGUGCUAUUGACAACCAGUUGGUUAUAAAGCCCUUCAGUACCUGUGUGAUGGAACUAAAGUAUAAGUGGAGCUACAUGGUGCAUCUGGGCAUGAGCAACAAGCCUUGAUGGACUGCUUGGUGCAGAGCUGUACUGGCCUUUCCUCUGCAGCUGCCCCACAGGUAAGUUCCCCCAGCCCUGGAGCUUGGUGACAAGACCCCUGAGCAGACGCAAAGAAGUUUGCUUGUGUCUUUCUGUCUUGACAGAAGUAGCUGACAGUGCCAUUUGGUGUUUCCUGCUGUAUGUUUCUCCGCACGGUCCAUGGCAGCUGCAUUAUCUGCUUUUCCAGCCACCCUAUUCCUCUGGAUAACUAUAACCAUGAGAGUGUAUUGGGAUGGCACCUGAGUAACUGCUCUGCAAAUAUAGGCCCUGCUCCAAAGAGACUACCCUGAGCAGGAACAGCCUGUCUGUAGCCAGAGUUCUUCCAUCAGGACAUAACAGGAAUGAGGAGGAUGAAAAGCUGCGUAUUAGCAAAAGUGGUGUGAUCUGAAUGUAAUGCCAGCUUGCCAGCUCAUUUGUAUGAGGAGCGAGGGACACGCUCACUUCAUGUAAUUUCUGCCUAGUGAUAAACUUUCUGCAGACAGAUGGAAGGACUUUUGGAAUUGCAUUACCCCAAUUUGGGCAUCUCUAAGCCAAGAAUAACAGAGUAGUUUCUCCUGGA